AUGGUGCCUCAUGUUAUGGGGAUUUUUUUCUGUUCUGAGACAUUCUGCAAAGCUUUGAUCUUGCUGAGAAAUAAGAACCUCAUCAAUCCAUCAAGUUUGCUGGAGCUCUUCUUUGAACUUCUUCGUUGCCAUGAUAAGCUCCUGCGAAAGACUUUAUACACACAUAUUGUGACUGACAUCAAGAACAUAAAUGCAAAACACAAGAACAAUAAAGUGAAUAUAGUGUUACAGAAUUUCAUGUACACCAUGCUAAGAGACAGCAAUGCCACUGCAGCCAAGAUGUCUUUGGAUGUGAUGAUCGAACUUUAUAGAAGAAACAUCUGGAAUGAUGCCAAAACCGUGAAUGUUAUCACAACUGCUUGUUUCUCAAAGAUCACCAAGAUAUUAGUGGCUGCUUUGACAUUCUUCCUUGGGAAAGAUGAAGAUGAGAAACAGGACAGCGACUCAGAAUCUGAGGAUGAAGGACCCACAGCAAGAGACCUGCUGGUUCAGUAUGCCACCGGGAAGAAGAGCGCCAAAAACAAGAAGAAGCUGGAGAAGGCGAUGAAGGUGCUUAAGAAACAAAAGAAAAAGAAGAAGCCAGAGGUGUUUAACUUUUCAGCUAUUCACUUGAUUCAUGAUCCUCAAGAUUUUGCGGAAAAACUCCUGAAGCAGCUAGAGAGCUAUAAGGAGAGGUUUGAAGUGAAGAUGAUGCUCAUGAACCUCAUCUCCAGAUUGGUGGGGAUUCACGAGUGGGCGACACAGCUGACUGCUCCCGCCACCAAGGCUCUGCCAGUGAACAUGGGCCACAUUAAGAGGGCUGCCAGGUGCCAUGCCAGAG